UUUUAGAGCUUCCAUACCUGAACUUGUUAGUUUUUGGGGAAAAAAAUAACUGGGAGCUGUUUUGUUUUCUCUGAGUGUUGAAUUUGAAUAUUCAUAAUGGAUGAUCUGAAUGGAACUAUCGAUCCUAGAUGUCUAGCUGGCCCACCUCUGGCUAUGGAUGUUAUAGGACAGCUGGAUAUGUUUGGGAUUGCUCUAUACGCCAUCUUGACAUUCAUGGCGAGUGUAUCUCUUGUGUUGUAUUUGGACGAGUGUUUGUAUGUCUACAAAAAUGUACCCUACCCAAAGAAAACCACCAUCAUAUGGGUCAGCGGUGCUGCACCAGUCAUUGCUACUAUGUCAUGUCUUGGAAUGUGGAUCCCAAGAAGCACCAUGUUCACAGAUAUGACCUCUAACUCAUAUUUUGCAAUCGUGAUCUACAAGUUUCUGAUCCUCCUGCUGGAGGAGUGUGGUGGUGACGAGGUCUUUCUGAGGUCCUCAGCGAAGGUGAUGUUCAGGAUCAGCACGGGACCGUGUUGCUGUUGCUGCCCCUGCCUCCCUCGAGUACCCAUCACACGGCGCAUGUUAUUCCUGAUGAAGUUGGGAUCACUACAAUAUGCCAUUAUGAAGACAGUCUUCUCUGUUUUCUGUAUUGCUUUAUGGACCAAUGGGAUCUUCGAUCCUACCAACCUGACGGUAAAAGGACCUACUCUCUGGAUAAGCCUAUUCGUAGGAGUCCUGACUAUUAUUUCCCUGUGGCCAGUAGGCAUCAUGUUCAUGCACAUAUGGAAGACAAUCCCCGACAUCAUCCCCAAGUAUGCCAUGUAUCAGCUGGUCUUGGUCCUGAGUCAGUUGCAGUCAGCCAUUAUUAAUAUCCUGUCCCUUAAUGGAAAGAUUGCCUGUUCGCCACCCUUCUCAUCUACAGCCAGAGGAUUUAUGCUUAGUCAGCAGUUAAUGAUCAUGGAGAUGUUCAUCAUCACGCUGGUGACGAGGACGCUGUAUAAACAUCCGUAUGAGCCUGUCAAGUUGGUGCGCUGCGAGAGUGAAAAUAACCUGGAUGCUAAGCUCAGCUUAAAACCUGCCUUAAAUGAGGAGCAUGCUGCCUGACAUGGAAACGUAUAUUUAUAAUGCUGUGCCUUUUAUAUUUGUCUAUUUUAUAUUUCAGUAUUUCAUUUACAUGACAUUACAUUACAUGCAGAUAG